GGUGAUCUUUCUUUGACUGUUCCUCACCUUCCACCUUUCACCUUUCACCUUUCACCUUUCAAGUUCAGAUUUGAUGUCAAGAUGCCAGCGAAGAGAAAAGCUUCAGGAAACGUUAUAGGCCCCGCUAAGUCGGGAAGAGCCUCUACUACUUCGACACCCGGUCCUUCGACGCCUCGAUCCAUCGAUAGCGACGAUGAUUCAGAUUCUCCAGAGGAGCCGGCCGAGAAUGAGGAGCAGCUACAAAAGGUCGUAGAUCGUUUCUCCCUUGCCACGUUUCAAGGCACCACGGUGCACGAAGAAGAUUGGACUUCGAGUCGAUUUUUUAGAGGGGGAAAGCGGGAUUUCUCAUACUUGCCUCUGAAGCCCGAUUUUAAGAGUCGUCCUAUAUGGAUCGAUCCUCAGCGAGGACGGAUCAUCCUAGAAAACUUCAGCCCCUUGGCCGAUCAAGCAAAAGACUUCCUCAUCACCGUUGCCGAGCCUUUAUCGCGUCCGACCUUUAUCCACGAGUAUGCUCUUACUAGUCACAGUCUAUACGCUGCUGUAUCAGUUGGGCUACAACCCCGAGACAUCAUCAACACCCUAGAACGGUUUUCAAAGACCCCCGUCCCAGAAUCAAUAACGAAAUUUAUUAGUAGUUGUGCUUCAAGUUAUGGCAAAGUGAAGCUAGUCAUUAAGGAUACGAAAUAUUUCGUAGAAAGCACGGACCCAGAAGUACUACAGAAGCUGCUAAAGGACCCGGUUAUCGGACCUUGUCGCGUUAAGGGGACGGAAACUGUUAUUAGCGCCCCUUCUAUGGGUGGCCUGGUGAUUCCCGGAACCUCCAAUGCCGCAGGAGUACAACAAGCACAAAUUAAAAAGGAUGAAAAGGCACAACCAGAGACAACCGAGGGGGCGCAAGCUCAAGAUCCUUACGAUGCUCUAAGAGAAGAUGAUGAUGACGAUAACCAGGAGGCCGUGCAUGCCUUCGAGAUCUACGACACGUCUAUCGAAACCGUCCAGAAGCGUGCCCUGGAGAUUCAAUACCCUAUGCUAGAGGAGUAUGAUUUCCGCAACGACGAUCGAAAUGCGAACCUCGAGAUCGAUUUACGACCAGCUACACAAAUCAGGAGUUAUCAGGAGAAGAGCCUUAGCAAGAUGUUUGGUAACGGUAGAGCAAAAAGUGGUAUCAUCGUCUUGCCUUGUGGCGCAGGUAAGACGUUAGUCGGAAUCACUGCUGCCUGUACGAUCAAGAAGGGCUGCAUCGUACUUUGCACGAGCACGAUGUCGGCUAAUCAAUGGCGGAACGAAUUCUUAAAAUGGUCCAAUAUCAGACCCGAUGAUAUUGCCUUAUUCACUUCGGAUCAUAAACACAGGUUCCCCGGUAAUACUGGUAUUAUCGUUACAACAUAUCCCAUGGUGACAAACUCGGGGAAGAAGCGGGCUCACGAUUCACAGAAGAUGAUGGAUUUCCUGACUAGUCGUGAAUGGGGUCUGAUGUUGCUCGACGAGGUUCACGUCGUGCCCGCCAAUAUCUUCCGGAAGGUCUCACACUCGAUCAAGAGCCACGCAAAGCUCGGAUUAACUGCUACGCUACUUCGAGAGGACGAUAAGAUUUCAGAUUUGAACUUCCUUAUUGGGCCGAAGCUGUACGAGGCGAAUUGGAUGGAGCUAUCAGAGCAAGGUCACAUAGCCAAAGUCCAAUGUGCUGAAGUGUGGUGCCCGAUGACGGCAGAAUUCUUCGACGAGUUCAACAGACAGAAGAAAAAUCGAAGUCUCCAACAAAACUUAUAUGUCAUGAACCCACGAAAGAUCCAGGCUUGCCAAUUCCUCAUUGAUUAUCACGAGAGGCGAGGUGACAAGAUUAUCGUCUUUUCGGACAACGUAUACGCCCUCAAACAGAUCGCCUUAGCCCUCGGAAAAGCUUACAUUUGUGGGUCUACAUCGAAUAAUGAGCGGACGGUAGUGCUGGAGAAUUUCAUGCAUAACCCCCUCGUCAAAACUAUCUUCCUGUCCAAGAUUGGUGAUACAUCUCUCGACCUUCCAGAGGCUACGUGUUUGAUCCAGAUAUCCUCGCAUUACGGUUCUCGUCGUCAGGAAGCACAGCGAUUAGGCCGGAUCCUCCGAGCAAAGCGGAGAUCAGACGAGGGAUUUAAUGCAUUUUUUUACUCACUAGUCUCGAGGGAUACACCCGAGAUGUACUACUCGACCAAGAGACAGGCUUUCCUUGUAGAUCAAGGAUAUUCCUUUAAGGUCAUCACGUCUCUUACCGGAAUGGAGAAGAUGGAAGGGCUCGUGUUCAGUACGCCUCAGGAGCGUCGCGAGCUUCUCGCCAAGAUUGUAACCGACACAGAGAAGCCGGAUGAUAGAGACAGGGAUGAUACCACGGAUGAUAUGUUUAAUAUAACAGGUUCGAGAAAGAGAGGUCGAGUUAGACGUACAGCUGGUGGGCUUGAUGAUCUUAGCGGUGGAAAGGACAUGGCCUACAUCGAGCAGAGAAAGGGCGCGAAUAAGGGGCUCAAGAAGAAGCCAGCCAAGAGUAGCGCCUUCUUCAAGAAGAUGGCGAGGGAGAAGGAAAGGCUCAAAACUCAGCGCUAGGAUGCGUGAAUAUAUUGUGUAUACUACCGGGGCGCAGAGAAGGAGUGACACCAGCGUAUUUUGGAGACUAUGCGGGAUAUGAAUAUACCCCAAGUACGGUUUUCACCGC